AUGGCGUUUCCGGCAGGCCGAUUCAGCGCGGGACUUUUUGCACCCGCAAAUGACUGUCAUGAUUGGCAGAUCUCACCACCCACCAAACUGGAACCGGUUUUCUUUCGCCAGCGACACGCGCUUCCCGUCAUGUACGGAUUUGCGCAAGUGGCUGGACUUCAUACCCCUGUACAUAGCCAGUACCAUGCGAUACAGGCCAUAUUCGGCCCUACUGACCCAGCGGAUGCUGGGAAAGAAAAUAAAAAAGAAUACAAGAAAUUCCGGUUACGCACAGGCCGCGCAUAUCGUCAGGGCCGUUCCACCCAGCUCGCGCCUGGGCCAGACAGUAGGAGAUCCUAUGGAGCACGGGAGUAUACGGCUUCAAGCGAGUGUUCUGACAGAAAUGUACGGAUCCACAAGUUAACGACUCCUGUUGUCCAGAGAUCGGUCGUGGAUACUAUAUCCGCGCCGCACCGUCGACCUCCUCUUCUCAGGUACUUCUGUGAAGUGGUGAUCGAUAUCGGACUUGCCGAGUUGUCGCCACCAUCAGCUGACUGCCCUUUGUGCAGAAAAGAUAUGCACCAGGCCAACAUCAUGGAUGACACAAUAUACAUAACAAAGAGGCAAAUAGGAUACACCAGAGACAUGUACCAACAAAUUACGAUAGACGAAAAUUGGGAAGAAUCAAAUGGCGGAUCUAGAGAGAUGUGCCCCGAACUAGUGCCGGUGGCAGGUGGACCAAUAGCAAGCUACAGAUACUAUCCGUACCAGGACGAUCUACCGACUGGGAAGCUUUGGCUUGCGCAUGGCCCACGGGACUGGAGACGAAGGAGUGGGCUAAGUUGA